AUGCUGCCCCUUUCAAAACGUCUGCAUAUCAUCAUGGAGUUCAAGACAGGACAUUUUGUCGUGGAUGCCCAGAUAAAACUGAUAAUGCUAAGUCGUUAUUUCAUAUUUGCUCUAAGAGGACAGCUCAUGCUAUUGUCGUGUCGUCUUCCAGCCUCGGACUAUGAACCGACCAAGCGUACUUCCAAACGUGGCUUCGGCAUCGAGCAGCCCCAGACAUUAGCUCGUCAGGGUUACGAGCAAAGCCAAUCCCUUUAA